UGCGGAAGGCCGUUGUUUGGGAGCGAUGUUGAAUUUGAACUCAGCUGAUCAGACGGAGCAGCACUGAGAGCUACAGCCUGCAGUUCCAUAUAUAUAUAUACUGUAUUGUAAACUGUAUUAUAUACUGUACUUAACUAUCUAAACCAUGAGGAAACGGGGCAGAGCGGAGGCACCAGUCUCUUCAUACCUAAGCUCUAUUGGAAGAGAGAAAGCAGCUCAAUCCCAACCCCAGUCCCAGUUUCAUGUUGAUCUCUGGAUCUACUUCACGAUACAGAACUGGAUUCUGGACUUUGGAAGGCCUAUUGUGAUGAUUUUACUCCCUGUGGAAUGGUUUCCCCUGAACAAGCCGAGUGCUGGAGACUACUUCCAUAUGGCCUACAACGUCAUUACACCAUUUCUAUUGCUUAAGCUGAUGGAGCGUAGCACCACCACAUUGCCCCGAUCAGCAGUGUACCUGAGCAUCAUCACCUUCGUCAUGGGUGCUAGUAUCCAUCUGGUGGGAGACUCCAUCAACCACCGACUCAUUCUCAGCGGUUACCAGAACCACCUGUCUGUUCGAGAAAAUCCCAUUAUAAAGGAUCUGAAGCCUGCCUCACUGAUUGACUCCUUUGAGCUCCUGUAUUAUUAUGAUGAGCACUUGGGUCACAGCAUGUGGUACAUUCCAUUCUUCCUCAUCCUCUUCCUUUACUUCACUGGGUGCUUCACACAAGCCAAAGAGGAGAAGAUGCCACAGUCAGGUUGGCUGCUACUGGGCCCAAGUGCUGUUUAUUACUGGUACCUGGUGACUGAAGGACAGAUCUUUGUUCUGUAUGUCUUCACGUUCUUCGCCAUGGCUGCCACAGUGAUGCGACAGAAGCGAAUGGGUUACAUGUUGGAUAGCAACGGCCGCUUUCUCCUCUAUAACUUCAUCAUAACUCUGGGAUUGGUGGUUAUUUGGGUUAUUUAUCUGUGGAAUGAUGCUGUCUUACGCAAAAAAUACCCCAGUAUCAUCUAUGUACCAGAACCUUGGUCAUACUACACGUUACACAUCAAAGGAAGAUAGGAUACUUUGGGACAUUAGCAUGAGAUGGAAGUCUGAGAGUUUAUUCUGCUCCAAAACAUCCAAAAGUCCAGAGCAGAGUUUAAUAAGGUUAGGGGUGUUACUGAAGCAUUCUGUAGAGGAUGUGAUGUCAUUGUGAUUAAGGUGCAAGUUUAAUGAAUGAAAAGGUCAUUUCACAGCAAAGAGAAUACCGGUAGUAUGUAGCAUACUUUGUGCUUCGCUCAGUUACAUUUAUGAAGGAAAUUUUCAAAGUUAUAUUAUAUAAAAUUACAAUGAAAAUAAUUUCUCAGACAAUAAAUCAUCUGAGAAAAGGUUAUCAUGACCUAUGCAGUGUUUAAUGCACUAUAAAAUGCUGCUUAAUUUAGAUAGAUAUAUAAACAGACAGACAGAGAGACAGUAAUAGAAAGAUGCUACUGUAAAAAUUGCUCUUGUAACAGGCAGCCUCCUUAAGCGGUGUCAAACUAUUUAUCAAUAAAUACAUUUAGGUCUCACAAUUAUUACAGAACCAGCUUAUCACACAAUAAAUGGACCUCAAUUAUUUUUGCUGACAUAAGUAUUGGCCAUUGUGUUUACUUUGUAAAGUUAGUCUAUUAAUGUCAGUAAGGCGUUAUGUCAAAUUAGUUUAAAAGCUGGUUUUCUUUUGUUAUUGUUUUAUUUAUUUAGAAUAUUUUAACAUUUUCAAAUUCCAGUUCUAACAUUUAAAAAUAUCUGUUGUGAUAUUAUAUUAUUAUCUUAAUAGCAUAAAAUGGUCUUAAAAUAACAGUAUCAUUUUUUUCUGGGAAAAUAUAUUAUCCAAAAAAGGUUAUUGUGACAGGGCUAAUUUUUGUAUGUUUACUGUUUUUUUUUUUUUUUUUUAAACAUGCAAUCAAAAAAAUGAUUUUUGAAUUUUGAUUUUGAGUUUCUUUAGAUGAAUUAUUUUAUGUCUGAUUUGAUUUGUUGCUGUGUUUAGAUUUAGAAGGUUGGAAUUUCAAGAGUUACAUGUAAUUUAGCUAAAACUUUUAUUGGAAGCCACAAAUUAUUAUGUUAAGUGGUACGUUUGUGUUUUAAUACUAUCCUGUAUGAUAUUUUUUUUAUAUAUACAGCUCUGGAAAAAAAUUAGACACCACUUAAAAAUGAUGAGUUUCUUUGAUUUUACCAAAUUGAAAACCUCUGGAAUAUAAUAAAAAGGAAGAUAGAUGAUCACAGUUAUCUACCUAAGCUGAACUGCUUGAAUUUUUGCACCAGGAGGCAGUAAAGGCAUAAAGUUAUCUAAAAGCAGUGUGUAAGACUGGUGGAGGAGAACAUGCCAAGAUGCAUGAAAACUGUGAUUAAAAAACAGGAUUAUUCCACCAAAUACUGAUUUCUGAACCCUUAAAACCUUUGAACACAAACCGCAUAUCUUACAAAACCAAAGACAUUAUUAACUUUCAAUGAAAGUUAAUGUAGAAAAAAGAUAAAAAUUAAAAACACACAAUUUAGAUACCGAUGAUAUUUACAUAUUUAACAUAGAGGUAAUCAUUUUAGGCUCCACUUCUAGUGCCACAAUAGUUAGGCAAAUGAAUAUGCUAAGCUAAGAAGUUAAGAGUAUCCUCUAUUUAAUAAACUGAACAAUUGACAAAUGACAAUCGUUUUAAUUAUGUAAAUUACGUUUAGUAAAUGUAUAAUAGUAUAACUUAAACAUAAAAAAUUUAAAUGUAAAUAAAAAUAGGCCAGAAAUAUUAUUAGUUACUGAUUUUUUUUAUUCCCUUAAAAUGAAUAUCUUUAUUGGCCAUAGCCACAUACGUUUCAUAUUCAUUUAGUCUAUUCCACUGAUCUUCUCUCCUUUUUUGCAGUCCUGUAUGCGGUUUUAACACAUGCACUGUAUUGUAUUGUAAUAUGCUGGGCAUAUUUAUGAAACGUGUUAUCAGUUCAGUGUUCAUAAAGUGUUUGGUAAUUGUAAAGUAGCACAUGCACUGAAUGUUUGAAUUCAUCAAACAUGUAUAUGGUGUCUUUUAAUGUGUAUAUUUGAUUACUUUGCAAGCUUCAUGCAUCAGUAUUCCUGAUCGAGCAACAUGAAUACAAAUCCUAAAUGUGUGAAGUAAUGUUUGUAAUGUUUUUGUAUUAACACUCUGUUGUAAAAAUCCAGUGUGCAGUCCCAAAUCAGAAAAUCAGGUUGAAAAAAUAAAAAAUGCAUAUAAAAAUGCAGUGUUUCUUAUAUAUAAUUAGACUUUUAUUUGAUUGCAGACAGCAUGAACUCAAGAAAUGCAAUGUUGUGUCUGUUUAUUCUUUACUUUAUAUGUUAAUACACAUCCAUUCCUGAUUUCAGUGCUGCAACACAUUCAAAGAAAAGUUGGGACGGGGACAAUUUAUGACAAUUUAUAAUUAAUGAGUUAAAAAUAAUACAUGAUCAUUUCAAAGAUUUUAAACAGGCAAGGUGAAUUCACGCAGUACACUGGGAUCUUAAAGCAACAUAUGCUGCCUUCAGGAUGACAUCUCUUCCAGGGACAUUCAUGCACUUUUCAACUAGACUAUGUGACUGUGGAUGAACAGGGUACAGCUAGUGGACUUGCCUGCUUGCAGUCCUGACCAUUCUUUAUGAUAAAAUAAUGUGAUAAAGUAAUGAUAGUGUGCAUGUAUUUACAGAGACUUGACAUUUUUGUAUAUAUUUUAUAACUCCUGAAUAGGGCAAUUAAAUAUACUUAGGCUUAUGGUCAGAAAUAUACAGCUCUGGAAAAAAUAAGAGACCAAGUCUCUGAAUCUUUGCUAUUGUUGUUUUGUUCUAUAAACUAUGAACAAAUUCCCCCCCAAAAUAUUGUCAUUUAGAGCAUUUAUUUGCAGAAAAUGAGAAAUACCUGAAACAACAAAAACAAGACUUUAAAUAACGCAAAGAAAACAAGUUCA